GCAGCGACUCUGAUCAGACUCGAGCAAAAACCGCUUUUCGACUACAGCAACUUUUUAUACCAAGGAUUACUGGAUUGCCUUCGUUGGAUAUAAUUUUCAGCACCGAAUCCUCGAUAGAAGCACAAUGACUUUGAACAAGGGUGACAAAUUGCGGAACAUGGACAAGAGGAGAGGAAGCGUGCCCUUCCCAAUGAAUUUACCCAACCUACACAGGAGAAGCAUGCCCAUGGACGACCGCGACCUGCGCGCCACGACACCACAGACGGGACAGACCGACGAGCUGUCCAAUUUACUGCGGUGCACGUCCUACUCCCCAAGCGAACAGCACCGUGGCAGCUACGCCUCGGACUCCUCCGACUCGGUGAUCUCCACCAGCAGCGAAGCGGACUCCCAGGUGUACAAAGUGGUUCUCCUCGGGGAACACGGUGUCGGCAAGUCCAGCCUGGCGCGCGUCUUUGGAGGAGUUGAGGAUGCUGGUCACGACUGCGAUGAAGCAGGAAACACUUACGAUAGAUCUAUGUUGGUGGAUGAAGAAGAGGCAUCCAUCGUGUUGUAUGACAUCUGGGAACAGGAUAACAGCCAGUGGUUGAAGGACCAGUGCAUGAGAAUGGGAGACGCCUACAUCAUUGUGUAUUCAGUGACAGACAAAUCAAGCUUCGAGAAGGCAUCGGAGCUCCGCAUUCAGCUGCGCCGUGCCAGACAGUCAGAGAACAUUCCCAUAAUCCUUGUGGGCAACAAGAGUGACCUGGUGCGGUCCAGAGAGGUGUCCGUAGAUGAGGGAAGUGCCUGUGCGGUGGUAUUCGACUGCAAGUUUAUCGAGACGUCUGCAUCACUUCACCACAACGUGCAGGACCUGUUUGAGGGCAUCGUCAGACAGAUCCGUUUGAGGAAAGACAGCAAGGAGGAGAACGCCCGACGCAUGGCCAACUGCAGACGUAGAGAGAGCAUCGGCAAGAAGGCUAAAAGGUUUUUGGGCCGCAUGGUCGCACGCAAGAACAAGAAAAUGGCUUUCAGGCAGAAGUCAAAGUCCUGCCAUGACCUAACGGUUCUCUGAGUCACAGAUGGGACAGAAGGACAAUUUUUUCCCCCUUGGCCUCUGAAGACCAGAUGCUGUGUGUUUUAACACUAACCCAAAAGGACUAACAGAACCGUACUGAAAUAUAUUUUUGUUUUCUAGACACCAACCAAAAGCAAAAAGAAGCUGUUGUUAAUGAAAUGACUGAUGUUGUUUGAGUUAUAUCAUGGUGAUAACCUGCAUUUAUUUUAUUGUCUGCCUUAAACAUAUUGUCAUCAGUAUGUAUGAAAAAAAAUCCACAAAGGCUUGUUAUUUCUAUGUGCUGCGAAAUUGCCUUGCGGUUGGGUUAAUGUUGUGCCCUUUAA